UAAAUUUCGGGAACAGAAACAAGAAAAAAAAACUCCCACAAUAGGGAUGAGGAGUGCCGACAGGAUUAAUUGAGGUCAGGGACUGAAAGGGGGUGUUCUGUUCUGAUCGGAUCUGAAAUCAUCGAGAAAAUGUCGUCGUUUCUGCACCAGAGAAGCAGUCUCCAGAACCCAUUCUCGAAUCCAUUCCCGGCAUCAACUCCAUCAUCAUCGAAUUCGAAGAAAUCCCUGUCCAUCAUGGGCCCCACCACCCUCCUAGCCCUAAUCUCCCUCAUAGUCAUACUCGGCGUCUUCUGCCCCUGGGUGGGCUUUCCCCAGGGCUUCCCCUUCACUCCCACUCCCACUUCCAAAUGGGCUCACUACACUUUAGAACAAGCGCUCUCCUUCGUCGCCAAAAACGGUUCCUCCGUCAUCGUCUGCAUUGUGAGCCAACCCUACUUGCCCUUCCUCAACAACUGGCUCAUCAGCAUUUCCAUGCAGAAGCGCCAAGACAUGGUCCUUGUCAUCGCCGAGGACUACGCUUCUCUCGACAGGGUCAAUCUGCUUUGGCCUGGCCACGCCGUCCUCAUCCCUCCCGUCCUCGACGCCGAAGCUGCCCACAAGUUUGGUUCUCAGGGUUUCUUCAACUUUACUGCAAGGCGGCCAAGCCAUCUGUUGAAGAUUUUGGAGCUUGGAUAUAGUGUGAUGUACAAUGAUGUUGAUAUGGUUUGGUUGGCAGAUCCAUUUCCUUAUCUGCAAGGGAACCAUGAUGUGUACUUUACAGAUGAUAUGACUGCAAUUAAACCAUUGAACCAUUCUCACGAUUUACCACCACCAGGAAAAAAGGGCCGUCCUUACAUUUGUAGUUGCAUGAUUUUCCUCCGCCCUACCAAUGGAGCAAAGCUAAUUUUGAGAAAGUGGAUUGAGGAACUUCAGAUUCAACCCUGGUCUAAAACUGUGAAAUCUAAUGAUCAGCCUGCUUUUAACUGGGCUUUAAUGAAGAAUGCUAAAGAGGUGGAUUUGUACCUGCUUCCACAGGCAGCAUUCCCUACAGGCGGAUUAUAUUUCAAGAACAAGGCAUGGGUUAAGGAAACUAAAGGAAUGCAUGUUAUCAUUCAUAAUAACUAUAUCGUUGGCUUUGAGAAGAAAAUAAAGCGGUUCCGUGACUAUGGUCUCUGGUUGGUGGAUGAUCAUGCACAUGAGUCCCCUCUAGGAGGAUUAUGAUCCUUGGUAGAUGAAAAACACUAGUUUAUCGUUAGCUUUGGUUCAAGCAUUUGGAUUAAGAACAUGCUUUCUCUGCCAAUUUGUUCAUCCUAAUUGCUUGGUGGCUGAUUUCUGAAGAGAUUACAACCGUUGCUGUCAACAUGCAACAUCGACUAAAUGAUGGGUUGGAAAAAAAAUGGUCUUUUGCUUUCAAUUUUGUGAAGGAAAAAGGUGCUUACAAAAUGUAGAUUUUAUUUCAAGGCCCUAGGAAGAGGAGGAUAUAUUUUUAGUUGGUUGUUACGUGACAAGUGAUAAUGUAUGAUUGUUUAGAAAAAGAAUAUGCUUCCACUGUAAGAAUUAUUUAAUUUAAUUGGCAUAUAUAUGAAAUAUAUUCUACUUUUUAUCC